CAUAUAUAUAUACAUACAGACAUACAAAUCAGCUCAUGAGCCAGCGUAACUCACUUCCACCUCUGGCCGACAUCGGAGAAAUCUUCUUGCUCUCACUUCCUCCCUUUGUCCUAGGGUUCUCCUGAUUAUCAUUGCUCUUGUUCUUCACCUUGAUCGGUUGGAUCCUGUCUCUUCGACUCCUCCGACCUGCGGAUCGUCACAUUUCAAUUGCCAUCAUCGCCUCUGGGAUCAGUAGGGAAUUUGAAGUCUGAGGUAUGGCACAGAUUUUGCUUCAUGGAACGCUUCAUGUUACUAUCUUUGAGGCCGAUUCACUAUCCACCAGGGCUUCUGCCAGUGCUCCCAGGUUUCUUCGCAAGCUAGUUGAAGGAAUAGAGGAGACUGUGGGCCUUGGCAAGGGAUCUACCAGACUUUAUGCUACUAUUGAUCUGGAGAAAGCAAGAGUUGGUAGGACACGAAUCAUUUCGGAUGAACCCGUUAACCCUCGUUGGUAUGAGUCUUUUCACAUUUAUUGUGCUCAUCCCGCAUCCAAUGUCAUCUUCACUGUCAAGUUUGACAAUGCGAUCGGUGCUUCACUUGUUGGAAGAGCAUAUUUGCCUGUUGAGAAUAUACUUCAUGGCGAGGAAGUCGACAGUUGGCUUGAAAUAUGUGAUGAAAGCCGCAAUCCUGUCUCUGGCGGCGCUAAGAUCCAUGUAAAGCUGCAGUAUUUUGAUGUCUCAAAAGACCGGAACUGGUUAAAAGGCAUACGUAGCCCAAAGUACCCUGGUGUUCCCUAUACUUUCUUUGCACAACGGCAUGGGUGCAAGGUAACACUGUACCAAGAUGCUCAUGUCCCUGACAACUUUGUUCCAAAAAUUCCUCUUGCAAAUGGGAAGUACUAUGAGCCCCAUCGAUGUUGGGAGGACAUCUUUGAUGCAAUCAGUAAUGCAAAGCAUUUGAUUUAUAUUACUGGGUGGUCUGUCUAUACGGAGAUCACUCUGGUUAGGGACUCCAAGAGGCAGAAGCCUGGAGGAGAUGCUACUCUUGGGGAGUUGCUAAAGAGGAAGGCUAGUGAAGGAGUCAGGGUCCUUAUGCUUGUUUGGGAUGAUCGUACCUCAGUUAGUUUGCUAAAGAAAGAUGGUCUGAUGGCUACACAUGAUGAAGAAACUGCAAAUUAUUUUCAUGGCACUGAUGUACACUGUGUCUUGUGCCCCCGAAAUCCUGACGAUGGAGGAAGCAUCGUGCAGGAUUUGGAAAUCUCAACCAUGUUCACUCAUCAUCAGAAGAUUGUGGUUGUGGAUCAUGAGAUGCCUGUUAAGGGUUCUGAACAAAGGAGGAUUGUAAGUUAUGUCGGGGGAAUUGACCUUUGUGAUGGAAGAUAUGACACACAGUUCCAUUCACUGUUUAGAACCCUUGACACAGCUCACCAUGAUGAUUUCCAUCAGCCAAACUUUGCGGAUGGAUCCAUCAAGAAAGGCGGACCAAGAGAACCUUGGCAUGAUAUUCACUCGCGCCUGGAGGGUCCCAUUGCCUGGGAUGUAUUGUUUAACUUUGAGCAGAGAUGGAGGAAGCAGGGUGGAAAGGAUCUUCUUCUACAGCUUAGAGAUCUCUCUGAUGUUAUCAUUCCACCAUCUCCUGUCAUGUUUUCGGAGGAUAAAGAAAUAUGGAAUGUGCAGCUCUUCCGCUCCUUCCGAUCCAUUGAUGGGGGUGCUGCCUUUGGCUUCCCUGAGACACCAGAGGAUGCUGCUAGAGCAGGCCUUAUCAGUGGAAAGGAUAACAUUAUUGAUAGAAGCAUCCAAGAUGCCUACAUACAUGCAAUCCGCCGAGCAAAGGAUUUUAUCUAUAUCGAAAAUCAAUAUUUUCUUGGCAGCUGUUUUGGAUGGAAACCAGAUGGUAUCAAACCGGAGGAAAUUGGUGCUUUACAUCUUAUUCCUAAGGAGCUUUCACUAAAGAUUGUUAGUAAGAUUGAAGCUGGGGAACGGUUUACGGUUUAUGUUGUUGUUCCUAUGUGGCCAGAAGGUGUUCCUGAAAGUGCUUCUGUUCAGGCAAUUCUGGAUUGGCAAAGGAGAACCAUGGAAAUGAUGUAUACUGAUGUCACACUGGCCCUUCAGGCUAAAGGAAUUGUAGCAAACCCCAAAGACUAUCUGACAUUCUUUUGCUUGGGGAAUCGAGAGGUGCAGAAGAGCGGCGAAUACACUCCUGAGGAGCAGCCUCAGCCUGACACUGAUUAUCAUCGAGCGCAGCAGGCCAGGCGGUUUAUGAUUUAUGUUCACGCCAAGAUGAUGAUAGUUGACGACGAGUAUAUAAUCAUUGGAUCUGCAAACAUCAAUCAGAGAUCAAUGGAUGGAGCGCGGGACUCCGAGAUUGCCAUGGGUGCGUACCAGCCCAACUAUCUGGCGGCACGGGAACCAGCCAGAGGCCAAAUCCAUGGCUUCCGGAUGUCUCUUUGGUAUGAGCACCUAGGCAUGCUCGACGAUGUCUUCCAACAUCCCGAGAGUGUGGAGUGCGUGCAGAAGGUGAACAGGAUUGCAGAAAAAUACUGGGAUUUGUACUCCAGCGAGACGCUUGAAAGAGACCUUCCGGGCCAUCUCCUCAGCUACCCAGUUGGCGUCAGCGGUGACGGCGAGGUCACGGAGCUGCCGGGGACCGAGUUCUUUCCAGACACGAAAGCCCGUAUCCUCGGCACCAGGGCGGACUACCUUCCCCCAAUCCUCACCACUUAAAAACACUCUCAUCCAUGUUCCUGUGGGUUGUCCCUGUUCUUUUGUGCUAGUAGAUAUGGUAAAACCUCGAAAUAAGUACUGUGAUCUGUGAGCACAUGUUGAUGUUUUGAUGAUACCAUGAGAACUAUAUGAACAUUCUAAUAAUGACUUGCUUGUUUGAUUUUACAUCAUCUGCUUGAAUGCAUGUGCUGCUUCUGCUAUUCUGCUA